UUACAGUCGGCGUGUAAAAAUACCACGUCGGACAUAGUGACCAAACUUUCCAACGUCGGACAUAGUAAAUUUACAGCAGAUUUUUUUACAGUGUAUUUUUCAAUAUUUAUAUAAAUUGACAUUGUUAAUUCAACGAUUGUCGUGAUCUUGACAAUUGCCUUCAGACAACAAUAAAAAGUUUAAAUCGUUUAAAUAAUUAGAUUGUUCGCUGCUUUCUUUGAGAAACGAAGAGGUAAAACGUCAAAAAAUGGAUGUACCAGUAUUAGUUCAAGUGACGAAGGGAGAAAAUAUAAUUUACGAGAAAAUUGGCAAUGAAGUUGAUAAUGAUAAUCUAAAAGCACUACGCAAAAGUGCAGAAAUUGUUCAGAAGAACCUCAAUUCUUAUUUAACAAAACUAGUUGAAGAGGAAAGAAAGACUCAACCUAAUGAAAAAUCUAAAGCAACAAAAGACGAAAGCAGUGAAUCUGAUUUUUCUGACGAGGAACAAGACGAAGAUGUUGAUAAUUUAUUAAAAACAAUUUCUGCUAAAAAAUGUUAAUUUAGGAGCAAAUUAUAUAUUUUUUAAAUAAAUUACUUUUCUUACCA